AGCACGCAAGCUGGACCUGCUCCCUGCCCUUUCAAGAAGUGCGAGGGAAGAGUGGGGCCCGGCAGAAGGAGGAGGCCUGGAUUCCACUCCACCUACUCCAGCCGGCCUCUAUAAAGAGCCUUCCUCCCGGACAGCUCAGGACGCUCCAGCCGGCGCUGCCCACAGCCAUGAACCUGUACCUUUCUGGUUUCCUCUUCCUCCUGAUGGUCCCCUUAACUUCAGGACACGGCUUGUUUGGGAACAGCGGCGUGGUCGUCCGGACCUGCACCGCGCUAAACGGGCUGUGUUUCUUCGGCUGUAAACCAGGAUGGACGUUUGUCGCAUUCUGCCACAACAUAUUGGUUUGUUGUAGAAAGGAUAAAAAAUUUUCACCUCCCCAGGCCAAUGAAGUAUAACCCGCACCCAU